AUGGCGUAUUCUGAAAGAUUUACUUUAGAGCAAGCCAAACAAUUGAUAAUUGAUAAUUCUAGUGACGAAGAGAGUAUUAGAAAUGAACCUUUUCUCGUUGAAGACAGCGCCGACGAUGAUGAUGAAAUAAAAUAUACACUUCAGAGUUCAAAUGUACAAAAUGACAGCUCUAAUUCAGAUCUAGGCUCUUCCGAUGAAAGCAAUGAUAAUGAAAAAAGCAAAACAUUUGUAUCUAAAUGUGGAAACAUAGUCUGGCAAAAUGAACCAGUUUACAACAAAUGUGGAAGGCGUGAUCAAGAUAGUGGUCCUGAGGAUGGGGAAGGAAUUAUUGACAAUUUAUCAAAAACUUUAUUGAAUUCAAAUGCUGAAGCAUUAAUUUCCAACAUUGAGGCAGGCAAAGAAAUGCUUCAGAAAGAAGAAAUUGAUAUGCAAAUACAAACACCAUUAAAAAAAAGAGUGAAAAAAAGUAUAUCAAUUGAAAGAAAUUGGAAGAAGAGUGACAUUUUGAAUGUAGAACCCAUACCAGUGUUUUCUGAAAAUAGAGAAUUUGAGAAUUCAUCUCCUCACACUCUGUUUAAAUUAUUUUUUGAUGAUGAAAUAAUCAAAUUCAUCACUGACAUGUCUAAUUUAUAUGCUAAAGAUCUGAAAAGAAAAUCAGUAAACCGUAACGUUGAAAAUGAAAUAAAAUUUGAUGGAAAAGACCAUUUCAUUGGAAAAAUUUCGGAUGGACGAAAAAGAUGUAAAUUGUGCCACAAGAAAGUAUCAAAGAAAUGUUUAAAAUGUGAUGUUGCCCUACACUUGGAAUGCUUUGAACAUUUUCACAGGAAAUGA